AUGUGGAAGAUGUUUACUGUGAAUAACAACACUAUUUACUGGGAUAAGAUAGAUAAACUAGUUGAUGAUUACAAUAAAGCUAGACAUUCUAGUAUAAAAAUGACUCCUGUUGAAGCAAGUAAAAAGAAAAAUGAAAGUAAAGUUUGGUCUAAUUUGUAUGGCGAAUCUAUUUACUUGAAACCUGGUAAAUCAAAGUUUGCAAUUGGUGAUCGUGUUAGAAUUUCUAAGUAUAAGAGAAAGGUAUUUGAUAAAGGCUACACACCAAACUGGACAGAAGAAAUAUUCGUAAUUGAUAAAGUUUUACCUACAAAACCUGUUACGUAUAGAAUUGUUGAUCUGAUGGGAGAAGAAAUUAAGGGUUCUUUCUACAACCAAGAAUUACAAAAAACAAAACAACAAACAUUUAGAAUAGAAAAGAUUAUCAGACGAGAUAAUAAGAAAAAAAUGGCAUUAGUAAAAUGGAGUGGAUAUCCUGAUAAAUUUAACUCAUGGGUUAGUUCUAAGGAUUUGGUUGAUUUUUAA